AUGGAGAUGAAAGCUUCUACAGAAUCAUUAAAGUCGUUCAAUUGGGUCGACGGAGAUUGGACCACGACAAAGCCGAGGGCCGACGGAGUUCAGCGGCGAAAGGAGGAUAAUGAAUCGGUAGAUGAAGGGUCGUCUCUGAGUUUGAGUAACUUGUCAAAGAUUAUACUUCCUCCAUUGGGUGCUUCAAGCUAUAACCACAACAACCAAACAAAUUCCACGGGAUCUCCCAUGGAUACAAGAUACAGGUGCUGGGAAACAUUUAUGGUGGUGUUAGUGUUUUAUUCAGCAUGGGUUUACCCAUUCGAAAUAGCGUUUUUCGCAUCGACUCCACCAAGUGCACUCUACGUUUGCGACAACAUUGUGGAUUCGUUCUUCGCCGUUGAUAUUGUGUUGACGUUUUUUGCUGCAUACAUUGAUUCAACUACUCACCUGCUUGUCCGUGACCGCAAAAAGAUUGCCAAGAGGUACCUAUCGACGUGGUUCAUAAUGGAUAUGGCAUCAACAAUCCCAUUUGAUUCAAUUGGCCAUUUGUUCAAUGCCAAAAGCAUAUUAGGUAUCCCUUAUUCCUGUUUGAGUUUGCUCAGAUUUUGGCGACUCAGGCGGGUCCACGAGUUCUUCACCAGGCUGGAGAAAGAUAUUCGAGUCAGCUAUUUCUGGAUCCGAUCUGCUAGGCUUAUCGUUGUGACAUUGUUUCACGUGCAUUGUGCUGCCUGCAUUUACUACAUAAUGGCUGACCGGAAUCGGCACCGGGAAAAGACGUGGAUCGGAUCAUUGAACCCGGAUUUCCGUGAAACAAGCGUUUGGUUCCGUUAUAUCUGCUCUUUAUAUUGGUCCAUCACCACUAUGAGCACAGUUGGUUAUGGUGACCUCCAUGCAGUAAACACUGAGGAAAUGGGAUUUAUAACCUGCUACAUGCUCUUCAACCUCGGCUUGACUGCUUAUAUAAUCGGUAACAUGACGAAUUUAGUCGUCGAAGGAACUCGACGUACCAUGGAAUUCAGAAAUCGAAUCGAAUCAGCUUCGAAUUUUGUGUCUAGAAACCGGUUGCCCUCGAGGUUAAAAGACCAGAUAAUGGCUUACAUGUGUUUGAGGUUUCAAGCUGAGAGCUUGAACCAGCAAGAACUCGUUGAACAAUUUCCAAAAUCCAUUUAUACAAGCAUUUGCGAGCAUUUGUUUUUACCAAUAGUAGAGAAUGUAUACCUUUUCAAUGGUGUUUCAAGGGAAACUCUGCUCCACCUGGUCGCGAAUAUAAAAGCCGAAUACGUACCACCGAGAGAGGACGUGAUUAUGCAGGACGAAGAGCCGGAAGACGUCUACGUCAUCGUGUCGGGGGAAGUGGAAGUCAUCGAGUGUGAGAUGGAGAAAGAGGAUGUUGUUAUUGGAACGGCACGUUAUGGGGACAUGUUUGGAGAAACCGCUGCACUUUGUAGCAGGCCGCACAGUCAUACGCUCCGAACGAAGACGUUUUUUCAGCUCUUGAAGCUCAAAACAGCCGAUCUGAUCCAAGCAAUGGAGGCCAAACAUAAGGAUAAUGUUACUAUCCAUGAAAACUUCCUUCGGCAUAACAAAAGGCUCAAGGAUAUUACAGUAGAAGGCUCGCAAAUGGAGGAUCGAGAAGAAGACGGUGAUCCGAGAAACGAGUCUAUUAGUUUGCUCGAUGUGGCCGAGACCGGCAAUGCUGCUUUCCUCGAUGAGCUUCUCAAGGCAAGAUUGGACCCCAACAUAGGAGAUUGUAAAGGCAGAACCCCAUUGCACAUAGCUGCAUCAAAAGGGCAUGAAGAAUGUGUAUUGGUGCUCCUCAAACAUGCUUGCAAUGUGCAUUUACGAGACAUGAAUGGCAACACUGCACUGUGGGAUGCUAUAUCCUCGAAGCACCAUUCAAUAUUCAGGAUUCUAUACCACUGUGCCUCCAUUUCCGACCCAUUCACCACCGGUGAUCUCUUAUGCACCGCUGCCAAAAGGAACGAUCUGACCGUGAUGCAAGAACUUUUGAAACAAGGAAUAAAUGCGGAUGCGAAGGAUCGCUCCGGAUUAACAGCAUUGCAGGUUGCAUUGAAAGAGAAACAUAACCAAAUGGUUAAUCUGCUUGUAAUGAAUGGAGCAGACAUCAUCAAUGCAAAUAUAUAUAAAUUUUCUCCCUCAACAUUGAACGAAAUGCUUCAGAAGCGAGAGAUCGGUCAGCAAAUCACCGGGACCGACUCGGUGUCACCGUCGACGAAGCUCGGAGCAGGUAAUCAAAGGGUGAGCAUUUUCAAAGGCCAUCCUUUAAUUAGGAAAGAAUCUCAUUGCAUGGAGCCAGGGAAGCUAAUAAGUUUGCCAAAUUCCCUUGAUGAGCUAAUGAACUUUGCAGGAAAAAAACUCGAAAUCGAUGCCAGGAACGCGAUUAUAACAGAUGAAGCAGGGGCUGAAAUCGAGUCCAUUGAACUGAUUCGAGAUAACGAUAAGCUUUUCAUUUUUGAAAAAGACAAUAUUAGAUCUCAAACUUAGCUCGGUUGAUUCAAUUAGCCAAACUUAGAAGGUGGUGUUGAGAUUAGGCUAUUCUGUAAGAGAAACCAGUAACAAAUCACC